AUGAACUCUUUACGAUUUUUUAAACGUUUCGCUUCUCAGUUUGCAGGGGCUAGUGAAAAAGCCAAAUAUGUACCUCGCAGGUCUCUCUUGUAUGUUCCUGCUAGUAACCAAAAAAUGCUUGACAAGCUCCCAGCUUUGAAGGCCGACUCAGUUGUCAUUGAGUUAGAAGAUGGUGUGGCGCUCACAGCAAAGGCGAAAGCUCGACAAAAUGCAGUAAUAGCCCUAGAUAAUCUUGAAGGCAAAAAUUUAUCAGCUUUCGAGCUAGGUCUCAGAGUAAACUCUGUUUCGAGUGGGUUGUUGGAAGACGACGUCAAAAUUCUAUCAACGGCGAAAGCUCUUCCGCAGGCUUUCAUGGUUCCUAAAAUAGACUCCCCAGAGGAUCUAGCUUCAGUAUAUGAUAUUUUCAAAACACAUUAUGGUUCUGACAGAAUUCAUAAUACGAAUACCCGUUUGGUGAUUUGGAUUGAAUCAGCCAGGGCCAUGCUCGAUAUGCCAAGAAUUUUGUCUUCAGCUUUGAACCUUUACCGAAACUCUGGUUUUUUCAAACUAGAUGCUGUUGUGUUUGGCUCAGAUGAUUAUUGUGCUGACAUUGGAGCAACAAGAACUGCUGAGGGUAGAGAAGUUCUUUGGGCUCGACAAAAAUUCGUUGCUUGCUGUAAAGCCUUUCAUUUGCAAGCAAUAGAUAGUGUUUAUAUUGAUAUAAAAGAUUUGGAGGGGCUCAAGGUGUUUUCUGAAGAAGGAAGAUCGUGGGGGUUCACUGGAAAACAAACCAUACAUCCUAGUCAAGUAGAAAUAGUCAACAAUGCUUUCAUGCCAUCAGUAGAGAGAGUUGAAUGGGCGACGGAAUUAGUACACGCUUUCAGUCAACACCAACAAGAGGGCAAAGGAGCAUUCCAGUUCCGAGGACAAAUGAUUGACCGGCCUCUACUUCUACAAGCGUUGAACAUAAUUCAGUUAGUGGAAAGAGUUUCCAAAUGA